AUGGAAAUGGGCGCAAAAUGGAAGGCAACAGCCUUGCUGACUUGGUUUCUAGCUGUAGAUUCAGCCUAUUGUCUUCCGCGUGUGGGAUCUGCAGUAGAAGCUAUACUGCAAAACACAGCCACGCAGCCCGCGAGAGCAUUUGAGACUCAGUAUCCUCCAUCGAACAAGGAGGACAGGCUUUUCAUUCCGAAAUCGCACCCGGUAUAUCGAUUUGACUUGGAAACAGAAGGCCGUUCGCCUCAGCCUCCGUUCCCACCAUUUGAUAUUUCGCAGUUUGUUCACGGCUUAGAAGAUUUGAUAGGUGUGGGUCAUUCUACCACUACCGCGCCAGCGCCUGCUCCCACAGGACAAAAGGAUCCCAUCGAAGCGACUACUUCAGCAAAGCAACCUGCGAUCCCGGCACCAAUUCCCACAACUGAAUCUGUGAAGAACUCCCCCAAAGCUGAACCUGGCACUACUUCAGUAACGGACCCUCUUCCUACGCUCCCACCAGUUCAACCAGAUCUUCCCGAGAGCAUGAACGGUCAGGAUAUCUUCCAGCCGGUCGCGACUGGCCCUGCUCCAGCAAAUAUCAAGUCCCGGCAUGACCACCCUGUGCAGAACCAGCAUGCCAAUUCUACCGAUCCUAUUGAGACUAACAAGUUUUAUGCUGGACUUUUCUUGGGCUCUCAGACUAAUGCUACGUUCACUCAGCCUUACUCACUCGCCUGGUCCAAGGGCCUUGGUUCUCUCAAGAGUUGGGGUAUGGGAAUAUCCCAUAUCCCGUCUCACUUGCUUGCAUGGGGUCCUAAGAACCCCAAGAUUCCAGGAAGUCCAGCGUCGUACUAUAUCAACCCCGUCGGUCUCCAACAUCUAAUUUUCUCUGCAACUGAGUUGGGUGAAUCCACUAUCAUGAACACCGAAGAGCCUAAGGCUUUCUCGGCGCACGCUGUCAUCAAGCGCUCCGGAGGCUCGGCUCAGCAGAUCUCCUUCCCUGUCGUGCAAGGUAUGGCCUACUCUACAGCUGUCUAUAACGACCUGCAGCCCUUGAUCGAAAGUGGUAUUUUCUUCCGCAGGGUCGUCAACGCUGGUUCGCUCAGACCUGGAAUCUUCAAGUACAAGGUCAACCUUGAGGAUGACACCACCUGGCUUAUGUAUGUUACUCCGGCGGAUGGCAAAGACCCCAAGUUCAAGCUGCUUUCAAAGACCAACCUUCGUGGCCCUCCCGGGUUCUCUGGUACUAUCCAGAUUGCUAAGAACCCUGCUGGUAUUGCUGGUGAGAAGAUCUAUGAUAACUCGUCUGGCGUUUACCCUGUGGCAGGGCACAUAUCUGGUUCUGUCACUGGCGAUGUUGGUAGCUACAGCCUGUCCUGGACCAAGGCUGGAAAGGACAUCCAGAGUACCCCUCUAUUGAUGUUUGCUUUGCCCCAUCACAUUCACUCUUUCGAUCCUGCGACCAAGGACCGCGUCACCAACAUUCAACUCCGCACUACUACAAAGGGCAAUUCCACCGCCGUCAUUGGAGAAAACUGGACCAUGAUUGAACAAAACCUCCCAGUUGAUAUCGGCUUCGCGCCUUGGUCGACUACCCACGGUAGUGUUCUAGACCUCUCUAGUGCAGCCCAGCGUGCUAUUCUCGAGAACGCUCCACAUGAGUUGAAGCAGAAUAUCUCAGAGCAAACAGAUCUCAACAGUAUGUACUAUAGUGGUAAGGCGCUGAGCAAGUUUGCGACCCUUGUAUACACCGUCAACCAACUCGGAAACAACGUCGAGCUAGCGAUCGAUGCCUUCCAAGAAUUAAAGAAGUCAUUCGCGCGCUUUGUGGAUAACGAGCAGCAAUACCCUCUUGCCUACGAUGCCGUCUGGAAGGGUGUUGUUUCCACGGCCGGUUACAACGGUGAUCUGAACCAAGACUUUGGAAACACCGCAUACAAUGACCACCACUUCCAUUAUGGAUACUUUAUUCAAGCAGCUGCCAUUAUUGGCUCUCUCGAUCCCACUUGGCUGGCUGCUAACAAGGAUUGGGUUAACAUGCUCGUUCGUGACGCUGGCAACUCUGUCGAAAACGACGCCUACUUCCCCUUCUCGCGCGGCUUUGAUUGGUACAACGGUCACUCCUGGGCCAAGGGUUUGUUCGAGUCUUUUGAUGGCAAGGACCAGGAAUCUACGUCGGAAGAUACUAUGUUUGCCUAUGCGAUCAAGAUGUGGGGACAGACCACCCACGAUGCUAGCAUGGAAGCCCGCGGCAACCUGAUGCUAGGUAUUCUGGGUCGCUCUCUAAACAACUACUUCCUCAUGGAAGACGACAAUGUCAACCAGCCUGCGAACUUUAUCGGUAAUAAGGUCACUGGAAUCCUAUUUGAGAACAAAGUCGAUCACACAACUUACUUCGGCGCCAACCUGGAAUUCAUUCAAGGUAUCCACAUGCUCCCUCUCAUGCCCCACACGCCCUACACGCGCCGCAAGGAAUUCGUGCGCCAGGAGUGGGAGGCCAUGUUCGCCGAGAAUGCCUCCACCCCCGCCUCCGAAGUCGAUGGUGGAUGGAGAGGUGUGCUCUACGCCAAUCUUGCUCUCAUCGAUCCCAAGUCGUCGUGGGAGUUCUUCGCUCAGCCAAACUUCAACUAUAGUUGGAUUGAUGGUGGUGCUACCCGCACUUGGUAUCUGGCAUUCGCUGCUGGUCUUGGCGGUGCUCCUUGA